CCACCAGGGACUCUGUGAGGUUGACGUGCUGCGCUGCUGUCGGGGCUCCAGUUGUUACGGACACGCGCACACACACACACACAGGAGUGAGGAGUAGACGUAUGUGUGGUGAGGUGAACGUAGUGGACCGGCCAAGAACGUGACACAGGCGAGGGGUGAUUGGUGAGCAGGAGGAGUGAUGGAGACUGCAAGUUACGUGGCGUUGGUGACCAUCCUUGUCCUGGUUGGCCCCGUUGCUGCCUUACCACAACAACAGGCUGAGGCACUACCAGGCUUACGAUGGUCGGAAGCGGUGGUGGAGGUGACCCUGACCAAGCGCCACGCCCCCACCGACCCCUACAGUCACGCCAACAUCAGAGACAGCACUCCCAACAGCCUCCUCAAGGUCACCAUGGAGAACAAAUUAUAUGAGUUACACCUUGAGCCUACGAGUUGGUUGGUGUCCCCGGGCGCCUCCAUCGUUCGUGUGGGGUCGAGGGAUAGCUCCGUCCGGGGAGCUACUGGAGACUUUCAGCCCUUGAAGCCCCGUCCGUGUUUCUACCUGGCUAAACCCAACCUUAUGGGAGAUAAGACCACAUCUGGUACCGUCUCCCUUUGUCAUAGUGAUGGACCGCACGUGAUGUUAAUGGUUGACGACGAAUUAGCAGAACUUCUCCCCAUCUUAAAAGUCCUCGGCAACAUCACCUCGUCCUCGUCCGCCCUUCCCCCCACCGUGUCCAAGAGGGGGGAGGCGCCCCUUAACAUCAACCGCUUCACGCACGUGGUUAAGAGACAUCCACUGCCCGCCGUGUUGGACCAGGAUUGUCAUAGUGAAUUCAGCUGUAGAAACGCCCCCCACUUGCCGGCGCCCAUCAAGGUGCCAGACAUCAGCCAGGUCAUGAUUGAUCCCACGACUGACGGCGUUACGAGGGUGACAGAGACAACUCCUGACCCACUGACCGUAGAGUUGGGCAUCAUCCUCGACCAAGCCUUGAUCGACACCUUCGCUGAUUACCUCAACAAUGACCAGGAGCUAAUCGACCUCGCCCUUGGCCUCGUCAACAACGUUCAGGCACUGUAUCGUCACCCGUCGUUAGGCCGCCGGGUGGAUCUAACCAUCACCCACAUGCGGCUCCUGAACAAGCAGCCUGAAGACCUGCCCACCCACAACGGAGAUCGGAUCAAGUUGCUUAAGUCCUUCUGCAGCUACAGUCAACGCCACAAUAUUCCCGAGGACUCCCACCCCGAGCACUGGGAUAUUGGCGUCUACCUGUCUGGGUUGAACUUCUUCACUAUGACACCAGAGGGAAGUGUAGACGGAGUGACGAUGGGAUUAGCAUUCACUGGAGGCGUCUGUAAAAUCGGCACCUCCUGUCUCAUUAACGAACUGGGCGCCGUUAACUUCCGAGGGCGGCCUUACCCUUCUUCAGGAGCCCUUAGCUCUUACGUCCUAGCCCACGAGGUUGGCCACAGCCUGGGUCUACGGCACGAUGGGGUGAGCAAUGAGUGCCAAAGAAGCGGGUUCAUCAUGGCUGCUGGCAGAGGGGUCAAAGGUGCCACAACCUGGUCUUCCUGUGCCAGAGAGAAGAUCCUUAAGCAAAGUGGCGACUGCGUGCGUGAGAGAGGUGCUGCUGCUGCUGGUGGUGCUGCUGCUGCUGCUGCUGCUGGUGCUGCUGGUGGUGCUGCUGCUGGUGAUGGUGAAGCUUCAGGCUUGGUGGAGGCAGCAGUAACAUCGACUUGGAAUCACAGUGUGUAUAAAGGUUUGCCUGGCCAACGAUGGGACGCCUCAGCUCAGUGUCAGUUGUUCUUGAGAGACAGAUAUGCCACAGUUGCUGACACCUCCAGGAUCAAUGAAAUCUGCAACACCGUCACCUGUAUUUCACCGACACGUAUCUCAACUUACCUGGCUGGCCCGGCGCUAGAGGGAACUCACUGUGGAGGAAAGAAUUGGUGCCAGGGCGGUCAGUGUGUGCCGUGGGGUAACGAAGGACCGGAGGAGGUGGUAGUAGGCGGGUGGGGGCCCUGGACACAUGCUGCCUGCGCUUCGGGUUGUGUCAAAGGAGCUACAGGUUACAAGAUCUCUCACCGUCUCUGUGACUCACCGAUGGCUAAGAACUCCGUGAAAGGCUGUGUAGGCUCCCAGGUCGAAGUCUCUCUCUGUCCUGACGAUAAGGUGUGUGGUGAAACCCCCCGGAAGACGGUCAACGAGCUGGCUAGUGAACUGUGUAAGGUGGUGUCAACGAUGAAGACAGAGAUUGACCCCGUUGGACGCCAGCUGUCCUAUAGUGAAGACAUGGCAUGGCAGGCGUGCGCUUUGUACUGCCAGAGAAAGAACAGCACCGACCUCUGGACGCCUCGCCACGAGUUUAAGGACACACCUCACGUAGCCACACACCUGCCUGACGGUACUCCCUGCAACGUUGGCCAAUACGUGUGUCUGAACCGCCAGUGUGUGUCUAGGAUGCCACAGGUGCGCCAUGCAGGUAUCAUCAACUCGCCGUCACCUGAUCACGAAGGACUAGACCCAGAGCCACCAGGUGACCUACGACCUAUUGACCGCGACGACCUCUUCUUCUGAACGACCUCCACCACCUACAGUGCCUCCGUCGUGUUCAUCUGAGUCCCUCCACCGGCAGCGUAUUCGUCAUCAAUGUUUUUUUAUGUAUCAGGAUUAACAAGAAGCUUCCUAGGAAAAAAAUAGCUUCUAAGAUGGGUAUUUUUGUCCUAGGAUGAAGUCUUAUAAUAAUACUGGGAAAUUAAGAUGUAAUGCUAUCCACGACAUAAGUCCUCCUGGGAAAUAAAAAUACUAAUAUUUUUUUUUUACUAGAAUGGACAGAAAAAACAUCCCGGCAAAUAUCUAUGUCAUUAUUAUUAGACAAAUCUAUAUCAUCCUGGAAAAAGAAUUAUCCAUUUUUAUCCUAGACUGAACAUAUCUUGGAAAAAUCAAACUAUUUUUCUCCCAGAAUAAGAACUGGACAUCCCAGAAGAAAUAUUUGUCUCCUUGGAUGAACACAAUACAACCUGGGUAUAAAAACAAUAAUUUUUUUCCCUCCUAUGAUGAACAGACACAAUACUGGAACAACAUCGUCAGUCAUUUGUUUUUCGGACACUGUAAACAACAUUAUCCCCCGUCUUGUUUUGCCAUGAAUACCCUUGACAUUGUAAACGAUUUUAGUCUGUGUCUGUGUAUAAAUUCUAAUAAUAUGUUUGUGUUAUUUAUUGUGUUGGAAUUAAAUGUUAUUAUUAUGUGUGUGUUUCUGUACGUGAUAAUUCUUACGUCAAAUGUUAUUCUUUCUUUCCUUUUCUCGUUUCCUCUCAUUUUCGCUCCUCUCCUCCUCCUCUUAUUCCUCCUUUUAUUCUAC